CUCCUCCUCUCCUCCUCCCCACUCCCUCCUUCAUCUACUCCACACACAAUGUCUACCAUCGAAGAGAUCGAAAAGUCCAAAGACGGCCUCUGGCCCUACGUCCUCAAGCGCGCCCUCCCCGCCGGCAUCGCGACCGGCUCGGUCGGAAUCGCGAUCAACAAGUACCUCGUCACGCGCUUCCCUGCUGCCGCGCAGCGCAACGCCUCCGCGCGCUCGUUCAUGAUGCUCGGCUCGUUCAUGAUGGGGUUCGUAACUACGACCGAGAUCUACUCGCUCAAGUACGAGCGCAUGAUUUCGUUGAAGAUCAAUGAUAUGCUUGACGGGAAGGAUAAGAAAGAAGGAAUCUCGCUUGAUGAGAGGGAGAAGGUCGAGUUGCCGCCGACGGUUACUGAUAAGGCUUUGACGUACUUGAACGAAAACAGAUUCAAGGCUUUCCUCGCCGUCUGGCUUGGCUCUCUCGGUGCCGCAGGCUACGCCGUCUCCCGCGACAAAAUCAUGACCACCACCCAGAAAGUCGUCCAAGCAAGAAUGUACGCACAAGGCUUCACACUCCUCCUAAUCGUCGGCUCGGCAGGUCUCUCGAUGCUCGAAAGCCCUGCGGAGAAAAAAGAUACCGCGCACAAGCAUAUCUACGAGGAAGAAAGCUGGAAGAAGGCGCUUUCGCAUCAGCCGUCUGAUAUCAGCAAGUAACUCUGCUCCUCCCUGCAAAUACAGUACACGACUCGAGUCAGAUAUAAUGUGACGGCUUUAGACUGACUUUGAUUGAUUACAAGCAAAGCGCUUUUUGUUAUAACUCCCCCUUCUUUGUACAUAUUCCUCUAUGUUUUCUAUUUUCUAUUUUUAAUACAGUGCGUACAGAUAGAUAUCUGUUCUUUUCGAAUAUAACCAUUAU